AUGUACCGGGUGCCGGAGUUUUAUUCGAGGAGGAAGCGGUUGGACGGCCAUUUCGCAAUCCGGCAGGAUUUCAUUGUGACAUGUGGAUUGCAAAUUGAACUUUUAAUUUGCUGGAAUCAUUUCAUUUUACAGAAAUUGGGAUUACGAUUAGGGAUGUGGUACUGGAAAGAUGAAACCAGAACUCUUGAAUUCAGAAGUUUUACACCUACAGCAGAACUCAAGGAAAAAGGAAAGAAAGGCAAAGCAGUUCACUUUGCUGAAAUUGAUGGUCCAGCUUCAGACAGGUUGACAGAUAAAAGGUUUUCUUCACGAGACGAUAAGUCACCUAAAGCCUCCGAGAAACGAGGUCCGCGGGGCGACGUCACACUGCACGAUGCUAAGUUUGUUGCUUUGCUUUUGCUACAAGACACUGAGAUGCAGAGGAUCUGUUCUUUUACAACAUUUAUGAGGAAUAAGAAUCUUGACAAUUUCCUCAUGGCAUUAUUGUACUAUUUAUCUCAUUACUUGGAAAAAAACUCACUGGAAAAGAAACCCAAAAGCUAUAUGGUGGGCCUUGUAGAGAAGAAAGAGAUGGAAUUGGUUCUAAGUGAGUUAGAAGCAGCCCAGAAGUACUUGGCACAGGAGUACUGUGUCCUCGUGCUGGGCCUGGGCAUGCCGGAGAAGCACCACAUGUGCUGUGGGAAGGAGAAAAUAUCAGAUACACAAAAAGACUGGAAAUUCUUUGAGUGCUUUUACACUUUCUGCACGUAUGUGGCUUGGAUUGUCUUCCGACGUCAACACUUCACGGAGAUUGAGGAAGAAAUCGGGAGGCUGUUUCGUACCAGUAUGUUCAACAUCCCUCAAAGGAGGCGUGAGGACGAAGAAGCAGGAGGGGAAAAGAAACGCAUGACUUUGGUACAGUUCAGGAGAAUGAUGGCAAAACGCCCAGCGAUUAAAAAAGCCAUUAACAUGCGCUCUCCAGUCAUGUCGACUCUGCUGCCAUCUCUCAGAGAAAAAGCUCAGAAUAUCUUUGAGAAAAAGUAUCGUCGAGGAGGCAUCAAAAUCCCAGCUCAGAUGCAAGAAGACAUGGAGAAUCUGGACUCUGUGCCCAUGCCAAAAGUUGGCAUCUUGGGGGAGCCUCGAUGUCUGUUCAACCCCCAUACCCUUCUCCCCCUUGAACCAGAGGAAAACAUGAAACCGUCUGGGAGACAUCCUUCCCUGGUAGAAAGAAAUGACAUGAGGAUUCAGGAUACACUGGACUUAGUCAUGAGAGCACUAUCCUCUCAAACAUUCCCUAAAUAAUCUGGUACAUUCCAUUUCUGUAAUUAAGUCUCUGUAUUUGAAGUAAACUACUUUGACUUAAUCACGUUAUGUAGGACUAAUAUUUGUUAUUAUUAAACUUUUAAAGU